GCAUGUUAAAGGUUUCAGUCUCAAUGUUAUUGUUCUUGUAUUUUAUUUGUUUUGCAAUUCCUGAGUCAGUUAAUGGAUAUGAUGAUCUUCAGUUCUACGAGAUCAAGAGCGGAAAUUUCUCCGUCAAUGUGACAAACUUUGCUGCUAGUCUUGUCUCGGUUAAACUUCCAAAUAAACAUGGAAUUUUGACAGAUGUUAUUCUCGGGUAUGACACCGUUGAUGAGUACAAGAAUAAUGACAAAAACUUGGGAGCCGUGAUUGGAAGGGUUGCCAACAGGAUUCGUGAUGCUCACUUCAGUUUAAAUGGAACCCAAUACAACCUUGAUCGUAAUAGCGGCAACAACUCCAUUAACGGGGGCAGCAAGGGAUUUAGUAGAGUUGCUUGGGAGCUGGCGAAGCACAAGCCGGACAGUAAAACCCCAUACAUUACCUUCACGCUCUAUAGCCCUGAUGGCGAUCAAGGUUAUCCUGGGGAUGUUACAGCAAAUGUUACCUAUACCAUAAAUGAGAAUUACACGUUAAGUAUAGACAUGAAGGCAAUCACUGCGAACAAACCAACUCCAAUUAGCAUGGCUACACACGCAUACUGGAACCUUGGAGGCCAAAACAGUGGCAAUAUUUUUUCUGAAAAGCUUCAGCUGUUUGCCUCCAAUAUCGCCGCCAUGGACAAUGAUCUUUUGACAACCGGUAAUAUUACAUCAAUCCUCAAAACAACCUACGAUUUCCUUGAACCCAGUCCUAUAGGAAUAAGAAUCAAUCAACUUCCGAAGCCAGUAAAUUCUAAGAAGCAGAAAGGUUUUGAUACUUACUAUGUAUUGGAUGCCUACAACGACCUUGAGAAAGAUAGGAUGAACAAAGUGGCUGUUUUGUGCGAAGAAAAGUCUGGGAUAAGGAUGGAUCUCAGCUCCAAUGCGCCAGGACUUCAGCUUUAUACAGCCAACAACUUGAAGAACUUGACAGGAAAAGGUGGAGUGGAGUAUAAGCCCUAUGCUGGAGUGUGCUUGGAGACCCAGAGCUUCCCUGAUGCUGUGAAUCAUCAGAACUUCCCUUCCUCUAUUAUCACAAAGGAAACACCCUAUUCUCAGACAAUAUCUCUUUCUUUCUCUACCAACUUGCAGUGCUAGUAUGGCAGGAAAUUAAAGAAAUGAUGAUAUACAUUCUCCAACAUGUUUGCUGUGAUAAAGUUGUAAUCUUACCUUACAGUUGACUUUUGAAGAUAUGUACUCUAUAUUAUUGUUACGU